CACGUGUAAAACUACUGUGAAUCAUCGUUUCAUCAUUUCCUCCUUACAAACUUAAAAGUUUCCAUGUGCUCAGUACACGUGGAUUUACACACGCGGAGAGAGAUCUGGUCUUGUCCAAUUUAAUCUGAAUCUCGUCCCAAAGAACCAGGAGAUAAAAUGCUGUGCGCAUCAGACAACGGGCGCCUCGUGGCCGUCAUCUUUUUCAUUCUGGGCAUGGGAACACUUCUCCCGUGGAAUUUCUUCAUCACUGCUUUUGGUUAUUUCAACGAACGCCUCAACACCACAAAGUCAGGCAAUGUUUCGGAUGCUGGUCAGACAGAUCCGUAUAUGUUCGACAACAUGUGUGUGCUGCUUUCCCAGCUUCCUUUGCUGAUGUUCACAUUCCUGAACUCAUUUCUCUACCAGCGUAUUCCAGAAAGGACAAGGAUAGCUGGCAGUUUGGUCUUUAUUUUACUGCUCUUCCUCCUCACAGCCACUUUAGUGAAAGUCAAAAUGGAACAGGAUAUUUUCUUCAACAUCACAAUGUCAACCAUCUGGUUCAUCAACAUGUUUGGGGCCGUGCUUCAGGGCAGUCUCUUUGGUCUGGUUGGCAAGUUCCCACCUAAAUAUAGCUCGUGCUUUAUGAGCGGCCAGGCCAUGGCUGGCAUCUUCUCGGCAGCCGCCAUGUUGAUGGCAAUGAUCUCGAAAACAGACAACGAGAGUGCGGCUUUAGGCUACUUCAUCACUCCCUGUGCUGCCACACUCCUCACACUGUGCUGUUACUUAGUGCUUCCUCAGCUGAAAUUUGCUGGAUUGUAUUUGAAAGCUGGAACUGCAAACAAAGAGGCUUUGCCAGAUUUGGAUCUGAGAAAAAAUGAGAAUGUGACCUUAGUCAAAUUGAAGCCCACUGGUUCUGAAUCCACUCCAGACUGCAAUGGAAAAAGCACAUUAUUUGACCUUGAUGCUGAAGGUUUAAAGACUGUGGAUAGAAAAGGGGAACCAGAAGAAAAGUUAUCAGUGUUGGCAGUGUUUAAAAAGAUUUGGUUGAUGGCCUUGUGUGUGACCUGUGUUUUCACAGUCACAUUGUCUGUUUUUCCAGCAAUUACUGUAUUGGUGGAACCAAAUGAAAUGUUUACAGGAACAUGGGCUGAUAUUUUUAGGCCCCUCUGCUGUUUCAUGCUCUUCAAUGUAAUGGACUGGAUCGGCCGAAGUGUCACUUCCUUCUUUCAAUGGCCCAAAAAGGAAAGCUGUCUGUUCCCUAUCCUUGUGACAUCUCGGAUGAUCUUUAUUCCUGCGCUCAUGUUGUGCAACAUUUCAUCUCGCACCUAUCUAGCGAGUCUUUUCACACACGAAUUUGCCUACAUAUGCAUCAUGUCAUUGUUUGCUAUGACAAAUGGAUAUUUUGCCUGCCUCUCCAUGUCUUAUGCGCCGCAGUUGUUAAGGGCUAAGGAUGCCGAGACUGCUGGGGCUUUGAUGACGUUUUUCCUGGCUUUGGGAUUGUCACUCGGAGCUAUGCUCUCAUUUGUGUUGAAAAAGCUGCUAUAGUUUCUGGUGGUCACAUAACACCACCAUAACGCUCUGUUAUGGCUUCAUUUUAUUACUAUUUAUUUUUAUUUUUUAAAGCAGCUGUUCUUUCCAUUGCACUAGACCUGCAUAUACUAAAUGGUCAGUUUUUAUACAUUUUUAUAUUUUUCCAGUUUUUUAUUAAAAUGUUUGUCAUUGGUCCUGUAUUUAUUGUGUUACUGUAGUCCAGAAGCAUGUGAGAUCUUUUACUCACUCUUUAGUUUGUCUCAGUAUUUGUCUUUACCCUCCAGCAGAGUCCAUGUCCAGUGUAUAACCUCAAAUCACUUCACUGUAAAAGUUAGAUAACUGUUUCUAUAAAAGGAGACCAUGA